AUGACUGAUCAGCCUCUACGGCAAAUACUCACCAAGCCUGAGGUCUCGGGCAGGAUGACCAAAUGGGCCGUUGAGCUGGCCGUGCACGACAUCGGCUAUCGGCCCCGUACUGCCAUUAAGGCUCAGGCCUUGGCAGACUUCCUCGCCGAGGGGGCUAGCUUGGCCAUGACCGAGCAGAACUCUCCGCCCAGUGGGGCGCGGUCGAGAGAGCCUUGGAUUCUGUUCGUGGACGGGGCCUCCAGUAAGGAAGGAAGCGGAGCUGGCUUGCUGCUCAUUUCGCCAACCGGGGAGGAGCUGACCUACGCUCUUCGUUUCGACUUCCCCGCAUCCAACAAUGAAGCCGAGUAUGAGGCCCUACUUACAGGAUUGCGGAUAGCCCACCAGAUGGGUAUAACCGCGAUCAGAGUCCGGAGCGACUCUCAGCUCGUCGUCCUCCAAGUUCGCGGGGAAUACGAGGCUAAGGAGGAGGUCAUGAAGAAAUAUUUGGCCAAGAUCGCAAAACAAGCGUGCAGACAUCCUGUCAAAGCUGGCAUCCUCCUCGUUUGCGCACCUGAACAAGGAAGUUUUGGUAGAGAUGGUCAAACAGAAAAGUAUCGACCAGGUCCACAUCCUGGCUAUAGACAGCUCGGCCACCUGGAUGACCCCCUAGUAAACUUCCUCAGCUCGGGUGCCCUCCCUGAGAACAAAACCGAGACUCGCCGGAUCCAGCUCAGAGCUGCCAAGUACGCCUACUCUGGGGGAACCCUCUACAGAAGGUCGUACUUAUUGCCCUGGCUAAAGUGCGUGACUCCCGAGGAAGGUGACUACGUCCUUCGCAAAAUCCAUGAAGAGAUAUGUGCGGCACAUGUGGGGUCCCGGGUGCACGCCCCACUGCGCCACCAGCCAGCUCGGGAAAUGAUCCCCAUCCACAGUCCCUGGCCCUUCGCUCAAUGGGGGAUAGACCUUCUGGGUCCUUUCCCCCGAGCCCCGGGAAGAUAUGAGCACCUCGUGGUGGCCGUAGACUAUUUCACGAAGUGGAUGGAAGCAGAGCCCCUGGUCUCUAUCUCUGGGAGGGCAAUUCAGAAGUUCUUCUGGAGGAACAUAGUCUGCCGCUUCAGGAUUCCGCAUGUCUUAAUGUCAGACAACGGGCGCCAAUUCGCGGAUAACCCCUUCAAGAGCUGGUGCGCCGAGCUCGGGAUCAGUCAGCACUUUACAUCGGUCGGCCAUCCCCAGGCCAACGGCCAGGUGGAAAAUGCCAACCGAACCAUCCUCCAAGGACUGAAAACUAGGCUAGAACUGGCCCAGUUUAACUGGCUGGAUGAACUCCCUAGUGUCCUCUGGGCUUACCGCACUACGCCCAGGACGACCACCCACGAGACCCCGUUCUCUCUGACUUACGGAGUGGAGGCGGUGGUACCCGCGGAUAUUGGUCUCCCCUCGCCCCGAACACAGAACUUCGUUGCGUCAUCCAACGAGGAAGAGCUGAGGUGCAAUUUGGAUAUGCUGGAGGCUAAGCGUGAGGAAGCGGCGGUACGGAUGGCUAAGUACAAAAGCCAGCUCGCCCGCUAUCACAACGCCAGAGUGAGGACCAUACAGUACCAGCCGGGGGACCUUGUCCUAAGGAAGAACUCGGUCAGCCGAGCUCAUGGCUCCAACAAGCUCGACCCGAACUGGGAAGGCCCAUACAAGGUCCUUGAGACGAGCCGAGCUGGCUACUGCAAGCUCGCGAGAAUAGAUGGAUCAGAGGUGCUGAAGGUACACCUUAAGCAUGUUGAGAGGCGUAUGGUGAAGGCUAUUCAGGAACCCAGAAACAGGGGGGCCUUUCCGUCUCAGAUGGACCUUCAAGAGCAUUUUCAACUGGAGCAUGGUCACAUCCUUAUAAGGAGACGGAAAGGGUUUCUGGAGUGGUCGCCGCCCUAG